GACAGACAGGGAGGGGGAGCGACGAGGAGGGCGGGAGACGUCCGAGCUGCUGAGUAGAAGAAUCGAGCAGCGAACUUGUACGAACGAAACUGUGACAUAACGCCAGAAGACCCACGACUGGUUGGAUGAAGCUUGCUGUUUUCGUCAGAGGAACGUGGGACGGCCGUGGAACAGCGCGAGUAUAGGCAACAUGGCUGCAUUGUUUACAGAGCUACCCUCCUAGAAAUCCUUGUAUCGUGGCAUAUACCUGGGCAACCCUGAAAUCCGUGGGCAUACACACUAGUGACUCCAAGUGUAUGAGGGAUGACAACCUCUCAUCUGAAUGGACAUGUUGCUGGAGAAGGAGGAGGAAGAGGAGGAGAUGAAGAGCUGAGGGUAGGACACCAGCACAGGGAAAUGGCCGUCGACUGUCCGGGAGAACUGGGGAGCCGGACACUGCCAGUCCGGCGAUCUGCUCAACUUGAGAGAAUAAGACAACAUCAGGAGGACCUGCGCCGACGUCGAGAGGAGGAAGGUCGGCAGCUGGAUCUGAAUGCUUCACUCAGGCUGAAGCAGCUCUCCCAGAAUCCCCACAUUGGCAUCGACAACCCCACAUUCCUUCAGGACACACACACGUCACAGCAACCACCACUGAGCAGUCGGCACACUUUGCUUGAGUUGGAUGAGUUGUUGCUGUCACUGAAGCAGGUCCGGGGCUGUCUGUCCGACCCGCAGAGUCAGAAUGACAUCGAGCUGGUUCUUGCACUACUUAACAAGUCAGAGUUCCAGUCUGCACUUAAGAUCCAUAAUGCGGUGGCCAACAACAUGCACAGACCCUCUCCCCCAUACCCACAAACAGACCAGGCACUACAGCUGGCACUGGAGGUCAGAAAUCUCAGCCAGACAUGUCAGAACAAAGAAGGACUGGAACUCUGCAGGAUCCUAUCAGACAUUCGCCUCCAGUCUUUGCUUCUGGCACAUGACCGCAUCGCAGAGAAAGAAAUGGAACUAGAACCACCGACCAGCCAAACAGAGACACUGACACAAUGGGGAGAAGAGACAGUAAAGAUUGUUCACAUAGAGAAGGCCCGAGACAUACCACUGGGGGCGACGGUCCGGAAUGAAAUGGAAAGUGUGAUUAUCAGUAGGAUUGUUCGAGGAGGAGCAGCCGAACGCAGUGGACUUUUAGCAGAAGGAGAUGAAAUAUUGGAAAUAAAUGGCAUUGAAAUAAAAGGCAAAGAUGUCAACCAAGUCUUUGACAUUCUAGCGGACAUGCACGGCCUCCUGACCUUUGUACUCAUUCCGAGUCCUCAGAGCAAACCUCCCCCAGUCAAAGAGAAUGUAGUUCAUGUGAAAGCACAUUUCGACUAUGACCCAUCAGAUGACCCCUAUGUGCCAUGCAGAGAGUUGGGCUUGUCCUUCCAGAAAGGAGAUAUUCUCCACAUCAUCAGCCAGUCUGACCCCAAUUGGUGGCAAGCAUAUAGGGAUGGAGAUGAAGAUAAUCAGCCUCUUGCUGGAUUGGUACCAGGGAAGAGUUUCCAGCAGCAGAGAGAAGCAAUGAAACAGACAAUAGAAGAAGACAAAGAGCCCGAGAAAUCAGGAAAGUUGUGGUGUGCCAAAAAGAACAAGAGAAAGAGAAAGAAGCUGCUUUACAACACUCAGAGAAAUGAUGAUAUUGAUGAGGAGAUUCUGACCUAUGAGGAGAUGGCCCUGUACCACCAGCCAGCCAAUCGGAAGCGGCCAAUAGCAUUGAUUGGGCCAACCAGCUGUGGGCAGGGCGAGCUUCGUCAGAGACUUCUAAAUAACCACCCUGAACGCUUUGCUGGGGCUGUACCUCACACAACGCGGAGCCGGCGAGAUGUAGAGCUCGGUGGUCGAGAUUAUCAUUUUGUUUCUCGUCAGAUGUUUGAGACCGAGCUGGCUGCUGGCAAGCUGAUUGAGUCUGGCGAGUUUGAGAAGAAUCUUUAUGGAACCAGCACGGACUCGGUGAGACAGGUCAUCAACACUGGGAAAAUAUGUGUACUCUGUCUACAUACUCAGGCCCUUAAGGUGCUGAGAAGUUCAGAUUUAAAACCAUACGUCAUCUUCAUAGCACCACCUUCACAAGAAAGACUCAGAGCCCUGUUGGCGAAAGACCAUAAGAACCCCAAGCCCGAGGAGCUACGGGACAUCAUUGAGAGAGCACGGGAGAUGGAGCAAAGCUGGGGUCACCUGUUUGACGCCAUCAUAGUUAACACAGACCAGGACAAAGCCUAUGCCGAGCUGCUAAGACUCAUCAACAAACUGGAUACAGAACCCCAGUGGGUGCCCUGCUCCUGGUUGCGCUGACAUUCUCUCUCUCCCUCACGCACGUGCAGACAGACAUACGGUGGUUAACAAGUUUGAUACUCCGUCACCUAACGAAAGGUUUAUGCCACUGCUGACCGAGAUAUUUUUUGAGGGCAUGUUAUAGGAGCACUUUGCUGAAUAUUCAUGAAUUUUCAAAUGUAGUUUCUUUUUAAAAUGGCAAUAUUUAAUUAUCAAGAUGUGAAGUCAUAGUGAAUGACUUGCAUUUCCAAAUAGCAAAAAAAAGUUUUAGUGAUAGAAAAAUAUGAUUGAUCAAUUUAACUACUUUGCGAAGAAGCCAAAUGGCAAUUUGGGUAUGAGAAAUUCCUCCUGUUGCUGCAAAA